CGCCUGCCCCAUGAGAUGCAGCAAAUAUGCAGACACAAACCUCUGCCAGAGCUGGAGGUCAGAUGGCAGUGCUGCGGGUGUGAAAGUAGCCUUAGAACCGACUACAACUGUAUCAGCCUGGACUGCAGAUUGAUACACGGUCAUAUGAUGGAGCUGCCUCCUAAGAAUGAAGAGAACCGUCUCCGAUGGGACCUUACUCCAGAACAAAUCUGCUCAAUGGCCGUCAAGCUUAUUGAGAAAACCAAGCGUGUGUAUGACACGGUGGGGAGCCUUGACCGGGAUUGUGUUACCUAUGAGAGCACCCUAAAAGCGCUGGCUGAUGUAGAGGUGGAGUAUUCAGUUGAGCGGAACAUGCUGGAUUUCCUUCAGCAUGUUUCUUCCGAUAAACAUGUCCGAACAGCGAGUACCGAGGCCGAUAAGAGCUUGUCCGAGUUUGACGUGGAGAAAAGUAUGAGGGAAGAUGUUUAUAGACAACUUGAGCACCUACAGACUGUGCUAUCUCCUGAUUCGCUGAAACCAGAGGCAAAGAGGUUCUUGGAAAAACUCCUUAAACUGGGUCAGAGGAAUGGCUUAAACCUUUCCUCAGAGAAACAGCAGAAAAUUAAGGACAUUAAGAAAAAAAUGAGCACGCUUUCCAUUGAUUUUAGCAAAAAUUUGAAUGAGGACAUUACUUUUUUAACUUUUUCUAGGGAGGAGCUAGGAGGCCUCCCUGAUGAUUUCUUGAACUCACUGGAGAAAGCGGAGGAUGGAAAACUAAAAGUAACUUUAAAGUAUCCCCAUUAUUUCCCUCUGAUGAAAAAAUGUUUUGUUCCGGAGACGAGGCAGAAGCUGGAGUUGGCUUUCAACUCUCGCUGCAAAGAGGAGAACAAUAAUCUCCUUCGAGAACUGGUGAAGCUUAGAGAAGAGAAAAGCAGUUUACUUGGGUUUGCCACACAUGCUGAUUUCAUCUUGGAAAUGAACAUGGCAAAGAGCAGCAAGACUGUGGCAUCAUUUCUAGAUGAAUUAUCCCAGAAACUGAAGCCUUUGGGAGAGAAGGAAAGAGCAGUCAUUUUAGAACUGAAAAAGAAGGAAUGUGAAAAGAGAGGACUUGAGUUUGAUGGGGAGAUCAAUGCUUGGGACAUGCGAUACUACAUGAACCAGGUGGAGGAGACCACAUACAGUGUGGAUCAGAAUCUUCUCAAGGAAUAUUUCCCAAUGGAAGUUGUGACUUCUGGUCUACUAGAUAUUUACCAAGAGCUACUGGGUCUAACCUUUGAGCUGGAAAAAGGUGCUCCUGUAUGGAACGAGGAUGUUACUUUAUAUUCUGUACGAGAUGCAAAGACAGGCCAGCUUAUGGGGAAGUUCUACCUUGAUUUAUAUCCUCGGGAAGGGAAAUAUUCCCAUGCAGCCUGCUUUGGAUUACAACCUGGGUGUCUCCUACCAGAUGGUAGCAGACAGAUAUCUGUUGCUGCAAUGGUUGCCAACUUCACCAAACCAACUCAGGAUGCACCAUCUCUUCUGCAGCACGAUGAAGUGGAGACGUACUUCCAUGAAUUUGGCCAUGUGAUGCAUCAGAUCUGUGCUGAGGCAGAUUUCGCAAUGUUCAGCGGAACACACGUGGAAAGAGAUUUUGUUGAAGCUCCCUCCCAAAUGUUGGAGAAUUGGGUGUGGGAGAGGGAAUCUCUGCAACGAAUGUCAAAACAUUACAAGACUGGAAGCCCCAUACCAGAUGACACAAUGGAGAAGCUCAUAAAAUCCCGUCUGGCAAACACAGGUCUUCUGAAUCUUCGGCAGAUUGUUUUAGCCAAAAUAGACCAAGUGCUCCACACACAGAAAAAUGUAAACCCUGUUGAUGAAUAUAGCAAUUUAUGUAAAGAGAUUCUUGGAGUCCCAGCAACACCAGGGACUAAUAUGCCUGCUACAUUUGGCCACCUUGCUGGAGGAUAUGAUGCCCAGUAUUAUGGAUAUUUGUGGAGUGAGGUGUAUUCCAUGGACAUGUUUUACACACGGUUCAAACAGGAAGGAAUUAUGAGCCAAAAGGUGGGCGCUGACUACAGAAACUACAUCCUGAAGCCUGGCGGAUCUUUAGAUGCUAGUGAAAUGCUGCGUAAUUUCCUUGGCCGUGACCCUCAGCAAGAUGCAUUCCUUCAGAGCAAAGGACUGACCAGUCUGGCGUGCCCUGUCCCCUCAGCUUGUUAAUAAAGUGGCAGCAUCUAAAUUAACCAGAGCACUCGAUAUGAACUGAGAGUGUAGUUUCAUGCUUAAAAAACACUACAAAAAUAGAUAAUUUGGAAUAUUAGUGUUGUCUUAUACUUCUGGACCCAUUCUCUUUACUGGAAAAAAACACGACAGUUUUCUUUACAGUUAAAAGCUCUUAAACUAUUGAUAUUACAAAUAUUGGGGCCAAGAAUGUAUUUUUUUUUUUAUUUUUCCCCCCAGAUUAAGAUGUUUGUAGGGUGCGAAUGUCUUUACAUGGCAGCUGCGGGUCUAAUUGAGGCCCCUAGGUCUGCCUUCUGUCUAUGCAUACUAGGCUGUGCCUAAUGGAUUGCAGUUCAUGCACUGUCCUACACAGUAAAAUCCCCAAGUAAAUCCCUAAGGGCUCUUUCACACAAGCGAGUUUUCUGUCCGGAUGUGAUGCGUGUAGUGAACACAUAGUAUACGGACUGAAUCCUGACCCAUUCAUGAAUGGGUCUAUUUACAUGUCUUUCAGGCAUAAUCUUUGCGUUCACAAAAAUCAUAGCAUGUUCUAUAUUGUGUGUUUUUCAUGCAGCCCUGGCUCUAUAGAAGUUAAUGGGGCUUGUGUGAAAAAACAUAAGGCAUCCGGAUGCAAUGCGUUUUUCACUAAUGACUGCUGGGAGAUGUAGAUUAUUAUACAUCAGUUUUUCUUUACGUCAAAAAUGCAUACAAUCCGGAUGGAAAAACGGCACACACUGAACGCAAUUGCUGAAAAAACUUAUUGAACUUGCGUGCAGAACCAUCAGUUUUUUGUCCUAAAUACAACUUGACUCCUUCUAUAUCACUUUUGUGAAAGAGGCCAAAGUUUUGAAAUGGGGCAGAAAAA